UAAAAUCCAUACUCUGGACUUUCGCUUGACGAUAACUACAAAAACAUUGAAUAUGUCUUGUAGACGAAAAUGGGACGAACGUGGCAGUUACUCUACCAAGUGUUUUGUUGUUCUAUACGAAUCGAGUAGAGGAAAUAGAAAUGAGAAGUAUAGAGCUUAGCACUUUGUACGUUGACAUGUGUCAAUGAUUCUACUCCUAUCGCUAUAGACAUCUAGCACCUCGUUUAUGAUAAUUUCUCUUCCGAUCGACAAAUAGGAUAAGGAUUUCGACAGAUAUCUUGUGAUGGGAAGAAUUUCCAUUUUAGCUUCGAGACGACCUCUUGAUUAUGUGACCCCUUACGAUUAUCGGUCUAACGAUGUACUGACACGAUUGCAUGGGUCGAGCUCGCGAGAAUACGGCAUGACAGAUGCCUCGAACUCGCUCUCGGAUGGAAAGCGCGGUCGAACUGACCCCCUUCAUUUGAGAUACUUAGUGCCGCUCAAGUAUUCUACGAUAUCUGCAAUGCUUGACGCUAGUUACCACCCAGUCUAUUGCAGCCAUCGGCGUCUCUACAGCCAAACUCUUCGGAACUUUGCCAUCUUUCAUAAGUGCCAAAUUCGGCAAUUUUUCACGAUACGCGUAGUUUCUGCUGCGUUUUUCACAGCCAAAUCGACCAUUUAUCGUGCGUCGUCACGUCAGUUGCACAAAUUACAGCUUUGAUCCGAAAUGAGGUAUACGUAAAGGUUGCAUUUAUCACUGUCAGUGACAGGGAGCACUACGCACAGGCGGAUCUUUUCACACAGAUUGAUUUCUCGGUCACUUGCAAACAUUCUUGUCGGUCCACAUAGCACUCAAAUUCAAACGACUUGCGCACAAAUCGUGAGCUUGACUCUGAUUUCAGUGCAAGAUUUAGACCGGUACCCAUCAUUGUUGGAUGGCUACUCCUUACGUACCAAAGUAGACGACAGACUUGUAUGUGUGUGACGCAUGUUAAUGUCUAUAUACCAUGCUCAUCGUUAUAGCUGACGCGUUGAGCUCGUAUAUGGAUUCCAAGAGACAUAUGAAUUUCUUUGCAGAUUUCACAAUCAUCUGUAAGUACUCUUCUUGGACAUUUGGAGAGAGCAAUGCCAUCAACUGCGUAAAAUUUGAAAUUGUCGGAUUCACAACUAUUUAUCGAAUCGAAUGAAGCUGGCAAAAGUCUCUUGCUGAUUUUAAACGAUCAUUGAUCGCUGCAUUGUUACCGCAAUUGCGCGAGAUGCUGCACGUUGUUACUCUUGUUGCAAUUGAUCGCUUUAUCGCAGUGCGUCAGGAACGAAUCGAUAGUCUUAUUGUCGCGCUGGCAAGCUUGAUUUUCUUAAGUUUG